GUCUGGUCUUUUCUUCCUGCCAGGAAAGAAGAAGGAAGUCACUACCAACAUUCAAGCAAACAUAUCCAGAGAGCUACUUAGAUGGAUUCUACUUCUCUAAGAAUUUGAUUUAGUUUCAAAGAUCUCUCUAGUUUUUUUUUCUUCUCCUGAAGUGUUUGAGAUGGCGAAUCCAUCACUUCAGUCUCCGACCAAUCCACAUUUUUUCCAGCCACUUCUUCCCGGUUUCGACACUCACCUUACAAUACCUGUUGCCUUCUUCUCAAAGCACAUAGAAGGAAAAUUUGAGCAGAAGACGGCGAUACUGAGAUCGGACGUGUCAGAACAAAUUUGGGAAGUGAAAGUAGACGGCCGGAGAUUCACCCAAGGCUGGAAAUACUUCGCCACAGCACAUGACCUUCGAAUCGGCGACAUCAUUAUUUUCAAACACGAAGGAGACAUGGUGUUCAAUGUCACUCCUUUCGGUCCUAGCUGUUGUGAGAUUCAGUAUGCACAAUCUCACACCAUCAAGGAAGAGGACGACAUUGGCAACGAGAAUCAGCACAAUAUUAGAAAUGUUAUGAGGAAGAAGAAACUAAAACUCAAAACAGAGCCAAAGUCUUCUUUAUCAUUCGACUACUGUUUUGUAGCAGAAGUCACUGCUGCAAAUCUACAAUCGGACAAACUUCGUCUUCCAAUGAUAGCUGCGAGCUCGAAAGCUGUGAACAGGGGAUGUCACAAGAUGAUUGUAGUGAACGAAGAGGGAAAGUCGUGGAAUUUCGAUUUGAGUUUUAAAGAAUCAGACAGAAGUUAUUACAUCGGAGGAGGCUGGAAAAUAUUCUGCCGUGAGAACAAGAGGAAAAUAGGAGAUCUAAUCCCGUUUAAUCUGGUCGGAGACGGGAGAUCUAGUCCAAUGCUCUGUAUCUGUCCUGAAGAAGAGUGUUCGGAACUAAUGAGCAAAUACAUGAGCGGAGAGAGAGGGAAGAAGAAGAUAAAGAGGCUUCCUAGAUGGGAAGCUUCAUCAUCUUCAAGGAAAAACAGAUUCGUCACGAUCAGUCUCACAGAUUACAAUUUCAGAAGCUCGAAACUUGUUCUACCCUUAGGCUUCACGAUGAUCAACGGGAUUUACAAGCACGAUAAGAUAAUUCUGAUGGAUAAACAUGGUGAGAAGCUGGUAACGAGUUUUGUGAAGGAUGGAUCCAAAUAUGGAAAGAGAGGACUGGGAAAAGGAUGGAAAGUUUUCUGUGAAGCUAAUGACAUAGAGAUUGGCCAGCGUUUCGUGUUAGAGUUGAUUUGGGAAGAUGCAACUCCCGUUCUUAAUUGGAUUCUCGAGUUUACCUUCUCAGUUUCAAUGAUGGUCAGAGUGAACAGUAAAAGUGUACUGAACGAGGUUCACGAGAACAUUCCUGUAGCAUUCUUUUCAAAGCAUAUCGAAGGAAGAAACGAGUACAAGUCUGCGAAACUGAGAUCGGACGCUUCAGAUACGACUUGGGAAGUGAAAUUCGAUGGCCGGAGACUCACCGGAGGCUGGACGGAAUUCGCCACAGCGCAUGAUCUUCGUAUCGGCGAUGUCGUUGUUUUCAGAAAAGAAGGAGAUUUGGUGUUUCAUGUCACUGCAUUGGGACCCAGUUGCUGUGAGAUUGAGUAUACAUCUUCCCACAACAUUGAUGAUGAUAGCGAUGAUCAUCAGGACAAGGACAACACUGCUCCGGAAAUCAGACCAAUGAAGGAGAGAGCGAAGAAGAAUACAAGGAUAAAAGAAGAAGAUUCUUCAUCAGACAAUUCUUGUUUUGUUGCAAAUGUCUCAGUCUCAAGCCUGCGCCAAGAUAAACUGUAUAUUCCGGUUAGUUUUGUGAGGUCAAACGGUUUGAGCAAAACAUACGGUAAGAUUGUUCUUCUUAACGAGACGGGAAGAUCAUGGAACUUAACUUUGGGUCACUACAAAAGCGGGGCUAACAGUUAUAUCAGAUACGGCUGGAGAAGAUUCUGCAGUGACAAUGGGAUAAAAGGAGGUCGCUUUACAUUCAAACUGGUCCAAAACUCGGAAACGCCUAUAAUCCGUUUGUACCAAGCAGAACAUAGAUAUGAGGUCGAUCUGCAUUCUUAUCUCGUGGGAUCUCUCACGCCUUCAAGCCUACGGGAUGAUACGCUGAAUCUUCCAAGGGAUUUUGUGAACUCAAAUGGUCUGAAAGAAAGAUGUGAGAUGGUUCUGAAGAAUGAAAAUGGUGGAACAUGGGAGUUAGUUUUGAGACACAACAAAGCAAACAACACUACGGUUAUCUCAGGAGGCUGGAGACGUUUCUGCCAAGUAAACGGGAUAAAAGCUAGAGAUCCCUUCAGGUUUAAACUAGUUGGAACAGGAGAUAAGCCUGUUCUUCGUUUGUGCCCUGCAGAAACCAACCGUGACACAAGAAGGCAAGUAGACUGUUCUGAAGGUACCGAUGUACAUUCCCUCUCCACGAGUUCUAGCAGCGGAGAAGAGACUAGCGAAACAGAGGAAAGUGAAGAUACAAGCAGAGACGACAUCAGUGUAAAUGACGAAAGUGAAGAGGAGAGCAUCGAAGACAAAAGCAGCUUAAGGGAAAGUUUGAAUGUAGAAAAGUGGAAGUAUUGGUCGAGAGCGGGAGCUUCAUUUUCAUCAAGUCAAAACCGAUUUGUGACGUUAACUAUCACUCCGUACUCUAUUAAAAGCAAUAAAAUGAAGCUUCCACUACAUUUCACGAAAGUGAAUGGCAUCAACAAAGCAGGGACGAUAAUGCUGAUGGGACAAGAUGGAGUUAGCUGGAUGGUGCAUCUUGCGCAAGAAAAUAGUCGCGGAAGAAUGAGAUUAGGAAGAGACUGGAAAGGAUUCUGUGAAGUUCAUGGCGUAAAGAUUGGAGAUUCCUUUGUGUUGGAACUCAUUCGGGAGAAAGAUGCACGUCCUGUGCUAAAGUUCUACACCAAAGUAAGAUGUGUCUGAGACUGUUGUCUUAAACAUGUAAGCUUGGUUCACUUGUUCACUCUUCUAUGUCUGCUUUGUAUGAAUCUAUUUGAUUUCCCUUUUUUUGUAGUACACUUGUAAACUCAAUGGGGAAGCCAAUGAUUCAUUAGUAAGCAACAGUAAGUCGGAGAAGGACAGAAUACGGCAACUGAUGUUAAAGUGGGAAUCGUGAACGAUGUCGGAAUGGCAUACUCCAACAUGACCUUGCUCGGUAUCAACAUGUCACUAUCUGAUUUCUACUCUUCACAUCCAAAAACCCGGACAAGGCUCGUAACUAUCAUUGUUGACUCCAAAAAAGAUGUUGUUAUCACUGCAGCGGCAGCUCUUGAUCUGAUAACAAACAAUGAAGUGAAAGCGAUUCUAGGGCCAUGGACAUCGAUGCAGGCUCAAUUCAUGAUCGAGCUAGGGCAAAAAUCUCAGGUCCCGAUUGUUUCAUACUCUGCAACGAGUCCGUCCCUUGCUUCCAUCCGUAGUCCAUACUUCUUUCGGGCUACAUAUGAUGAUUCAUCUCAAGUGCACGCCAUAAAAGCAAUCAUCAAAAUUUUCGGGUGGAGAGAGGUUGCACCUGUGUAUGUUGACAACAACUUUGGAGAAGGUAUAAUGCCCCGUCUUACCGAUGCUUUACAAGAGAUUAACGUUCGUAUACCUUAUAGGACGGUGAUCUCUCCCAAUGCCACGGAUGAUGAAAUCUCCGUGGAACUUCUCAGGAUGAUGACUCUACCAACUAGAGUAUUUGUUGUCCACAUUGUUGAAUUGCUUGCCUCAAGGCUUUUUGCCAAAGCUAAGGAAAUUGGUUUGAUGAAACAAGGAUAUGUUUGGAUCCUAACCAACGCAAUUACCGAUGUUCUGAGCAUCAUGAACGAGACAGCGAUUGAAACAAUGCAAGGGGUUUUGGGUGUAAAGACUUAUGUCCCGAGAUCCGAAGCGCUUGAAACAUUUAGAUCUCGAUGGAAGAAGAGAUUCCCAAUUUCUGACCUGAGCGUCUAUGGAUUGUGGGCUUAUGAUGCAACCACUGCACUGGCAUUGGCCAUCGAAGAAGCUGGAACAUCAAAUAUGACGUUUUUAAAACCAGAUGCCAUGAGGAACGUGUCUGAACUUCAAGGUCUAGGUGUAUCUCAAUACGGUCCGAAGCUUAUCCAGACACUCUCUAGAGUUCGGUUCAAAGGUCUUGCUGGUGAUUUCCACUUUAUCAAUGGAGAACUGCAGCCGUCAGUGUUUGAGAUUGUUAACGUGAAUGGGAAUGGAGGAAGAACCAUAGGAUUCUGGAUGAAGGAACAUGGCCUCUUGAAGAACGUUGACCAAAAUCCAGCAACCACGACCACUUACUCUACUUGGCAAGAUCGACUCAGACCAAUUAUAUGGCCUGGAGACACUACUUCUGUACCCAAAGGAUGGGAGAUCCCUACAAAUGGGAAAAGGCUGCAAAUUGGAGUCCCAGUUAAGGACACUUUCGAGCAAUUUGUAAAAGCUACAAGGGAUCCUAUCACCAAUUCAACAGUUUUCAGCGGAUUCUGCAUCGACUAUUUUGAGGCUGUAAUUCAUGCGAUGCCCUAUGAUGUUUCCUAUGACUUGAUUCCUGUAGAAGAUAUCAGUUAUGAUACUUUAGUCUACCAAGUGUAUCUCGGGAAAUAUGACGCCAUAGUGGCAGAUACAACAAUAUCGGCAAAUAGGUCAAUGUAUGUUGACUUCUCACUGCCAUACACACCAUCAGGCAUAGGUCUGGUCGUCCCUGUUAAAGACAGUGUUAAAAGAGGCAGUUUCAUCUUCUUGAUGCCUUUGACAUUGGAACUUUGGCUUAUCAGCCUUGUGUCCUUUUUGAUUGUUGGCCUUGUCGUAUGGGUUCUUGAACAUAGGGUAAACCCAGACUUUGAUGGACCUGGCAAGUAUCAAAUCAGCACUAUCUUCUGGUUUGCUUUCUCCAUUAUGGUCUUUGCGCCGAGAGAGAGAGUGCUUAGUUUCUGGGCAAGGCUCGUGGUUAUCAUUUGGUACUUCUUAGUACUUGUGUUGACUCAGAGUUACACUGCUAGUUUGUCUUCCCUUCUUACAUCACAACAGCUUCAUCCAACAGUAACCAACAUGAAUAGCUUGCUGGCAAAAAGAGAACCUGUGGGAUACCAAAGAAGUUCCUUCAUGUCACGAAGACUCAAUGAAUCAGGUUUUUCAGAGGCCAGUCUUAUACCCUUUGGAGGUGCAGAACAGUGUGACGAGCUACUAAGCAACGGACCCGAAAAGGGUGGUAUUUCUGCAGCUUUCAUGGAAGUACCGUACGUGAGACUCUUUCUGGGACAAUACUGUAACAAGUAUAAAAUGGUUCAAACACCAUUCAAGGUCGAUGGAUUAGGCUUCGUCUUUCCCCUUGGAUCCCCUCUAGUAGCUGAUGUUUCAAGAGCCAUUCUAAAAGUGGAAGAGUCGAACAAGGCAAUCCAACUCGAGAACGCAUGGUUCAAGAAUAUAGAUGAAAGUUGCCCAGAUCCACACACCAACCCCGACCCAAAUUCCUCUGUAUCUUUCCGCCAACUUGGCAUCGAUAGUUUUUGGGUUUUGUUUCUUGCUGCCGCCAUAGUUUGUGCUCUAGCACUGGGGAAAUUUGCGUUUUAUUUCUUGAAGGAGAACCCAGAUCAAAGAAACCUGCAAGAAUUGUGGGAAAGGUUCCUUCAGCCAGAUCAAAAUUCAUACAUAAAUAAAGUGACGAAACCUGAAUGCUCGUCAGGCGAAGACAUGCCAGAGAAUAAGCAAGAAGAAGCACACACAUCAAGCAAUGGCAGUCAAAGUUAGCACAUAAUUUAUUUUCCUUUCCCUUUCCUUCCAAUAAUAAUCAUAUGUUUGUUUGCAGGAAUUGUCUGAAAUUCCAAACAAAAAGAUUCAUUUCCUGGGAUCUUGGUGAUCAUUGUCUACAAUGAUAUAUAAGGUUCUAAAUUGUGCUCCG